AUGGCUUCACCCGUUGCGUCAAAGAAGAGGAAGGCUUACACAAUUUCGGAGAAGCUACACGUAGUGGAUAGGAUCAGGAACGGCGAAACACAGGCAAAAGUAAGCAGGGAAAUUGGAGUGUCGGACUCGACGAUACGGGGGUGGCUCAAGGAUGAGGCCAAACUUCGUGGUGCCAGCAGCUCUUUGGAGGAUAGCGGUCAGGUCAGGAAAAGAGCUAGGACUGCUCAAGAUCAGCAGCUUGAGAGCGCCAUGUUUACAUGGUUUAAUCAAGCUCGAUCUGAGGGUAUGCCUAUCUCUGGUCCUGUUAUCCAGGCACAGGCUAAAAAAAUCCAUCAGGAACUGCGUGGCUCCGAGGUUGAUUUUGAGGCCUCAAACGGAUGGUUGUCACGGUUUAAAAACCGUCACGCUAUCUCACAGGUCACCAUCAGAGGGGAACAACGUUCAGCGGACGAAGCUGCAGCAGGAGCGUAUCCGGCGGAAUUACGGAAGAUAGUCCAGGAGCAUGAUUUGAGUGCGGAGCAGAUAUACAACUGUGAUGAGACAGCUCUGUAUUUCAAGAUGCUCCCUGACAAAACUCUGGCUUGUAAGUCAGACCAGCAGAAGACUUUAGGGUUUAAGCAAGUGAAAGAUCGCAUCACUGUCUUGUUAUGCUGUAACAUGGCAGGGACGCAUAAACUUGCUCCCCUAGUUAUUGGCAAGUUUGGGAAGCCGAGAUGCUUUCAUCAUGUCAAUAUGAAAAGUCUUCCUGCGCUAUACACGCACUCAAAAAAUGCAUGGAUGACUUCUGUGAUUUUCGAGGACUGGUUUCAUGAGGAGUUUGUGCCUUCGGUCAGGAAACACCUGCGCCUUAAUAAAAAGGAAGCGAAGGCCAUUCUUCUUAUGGACCACUGUCCUGCCCACCCAGGAGUCGAGUCAUUGACUUCUCUGGACAAGAAGAUCAAGGCUGUAUUCUUACCAAAGAAUACAACAUCCAAGCUACAGCCUCUAGACCAGGGGAUAAUUGCCACCCUUAAGCGCAACUACCGGCGUAAUCUAUCAGGCAUUAUGGUUAACAGCAAAAUGUCUGUGUCUGAUUACCUGCGUCAGUUGAAUUUGAAGGAGGCAAUUCAUCUCUUGGGAACAUCCUGGAGUGAUGUCACUAAAAAGACGAUCAUGGGGUGUUGGAGGAAGGGAUUAGGUCCAGCAUUUGAGAAGGAUGGAGAGGACAGCUCGGACAGCGAGGAUUUCGACGGGUUCAGUGAGGAGGAUUUAAGGAUUUCGGAGCGCAGGGCCAUGGACAACGCUAUGUUUUGCGAGGAGGAUCUGCAGAGUGCCAGGCAGGUUUUUGGACAGGACCUCGACGACGAAACCUUGCAGAAUUGGAUCUCAGUGGACGACGAUGGACCAACGUAUCAGCGACUGACAGAUGAGGAGAUCAUUGAGAGUGCGAGGAACGAACCAGCCAUCACCGAGGAAGAAGAUGAGGAGGACGAGUCCAUCGUGUAUGAACCCCCUCCAGCGAUUUCUGAAGUGUUGCGGUCCUUGGAUACUGUGAUGCGCUGGAUUGAAACAUCAGAGCGUGGCACAGUAUCCAAAGUCAUGCAAGUCAGAAAUCUCAUGCACGAUGCCAGAGCCGAUGCAAGAGAGAAGGCGGUGCAGCGAAGACUGACAGAUUUCUUCACCAGAGACCACAGGAAUGACGACUAG